AGCAGCUGCAGGGCCCCGCGGCCAGGGCGGAGGCGCGCUGGGGGAGGCAACAGGCGGGGCGGGGCGGGGAAGGAAGGGACGGCCCGCUGCUGGCGGCUGAAGUGAAGCGGCGCUGGGCUGGGCGGGGGGCGUCCUCUCGCCGUUCGCGGGGGUGUCGGGCACCGCUCCGCGGCGCUACUGGCGCCGAAGGCAGCAGCGGAGGCUCCUCUCCCCUUCGCCGCCGCCGGAGACCCAGUGCUGCCCCGCUGCGCCCGCUCGCUCCAUCGCACGCUGUUGUCAUGGAGGAGCCAAGAUGGCGGCCCUGGCCUACACCCUAGGCAAGCGGGAGAUCAACCACUACUUCAGCGUGAGGAGCGCCAAGGCGCUGGCGCUGGGCGCCGUCCUGCUGCUCGCCGCCUGCCACGCCGCCUUCCGCCGCUACCGAGGUGAUGAUACAUGUGAAUAUCUUCUCUCCAGUGGGAGAUUUCUUGGGGAAAAAGUAUGGCAGCCCCACAGUUGUAUGAUGCAUAAAUAUAAAAAUAGUGAAGCAAAAAACUGCCUUCUAGACAAACAUAUUGCAUUUAUAGGAGAUUCCAGAAUUCGCCAGUUGUUUUAUUCUUUUGUAAAACUCAUAAAUCCUCAAGUCAAGGAAGAAGGAAACAAGCAUGGAAACAUUCUUUUUGAAGACAAAUCUGCAUCAAUUAAAGUGGAUUUCCUGUGGUAUCCAGAAGUUAAUGGCUCUAUGAAGCAACGUAUCAAAUCUUGGACUGAGGGUUCUAUUGCAAAACCUCAUGUAAUUGUAGCAGGAGCUGCUACGUGGUCUAUCAAGAUUCACAAUGGCAGCAAUGAAGCCCUCACGCAAUAUAAAAUCAAUAUCACUUCAAUAGCACCUCUUUUGGAAAAAUUAGCAGAGAGUAGUGAUGUAUACUGGGUCUUACAAGAUCCUGUUUAUGAAGAUAUGUUGAGUAACAGUAGGAAAAUGAUCACUAAUGAUAAAAUAGAUGCUUACAAUGAAGCUGCAAUCAGUAUUCUGAACAGCAGCUCCAGAAAUUCCAAAGCUAAAGUUAAAGUGUUCAGCGUUUCUAAACUCAUAGCACAAGAAACUAUCAUGCAAUCUUCAGAUGGCCUGCAUCUCCCAGAAUCAAGCAGAGAAACAAGUGCAAUGAUUCUUAUGAACGUCUACUGCAAUAAGAUUCUGAAGCCCAUUGAUGGUUCCUGUUGCCAGCCUCAGCCUCCUCUCACUCUGAUACAGAAGCUAGCUUUUUGCUUUUUUGCUUUGUCCAUUAUUGGAUAUUUAAUUCUCAGUUUUAUUUAUCGUAAUAAUCAUCGAAAAAACAAGCCAUGCACCGAUAUGGAAAGUGGAGAGGAGAAAAAACCUGUCACCAAUACAUCUCCUGUUUCUACUCUAGAGACAUUGUUAUACUCCUUCUUCAAGCUGGGUCUAAUCAUGGCCUAUUUCUAUCUGUGUGACAGAGCAAAUCUAUUCAUGAAGGAAAACAAAUUUUAUACACAUUCAUCUUUCUUCAUACCAAUAAUCUACAUCCUGGUUUUAGGGGUAUUUUAUACCGAAAACACCAAAGAGACUAAGAUGUUAAAUAGAGAGCAGACAGAUGAAUGGAAAGGCUGGAUGCAGCUUGUUAUUUUGAUUUAUCAUAUCUCUGGAGCAAGCACUUUUUUGCCUGUGUAUAUGCACGUUCGGGUUCUGGUUGCUGCAUAUCUGUUCCAAACAGGUUAUGGGCAUUUUUCAUACUUUUGGAUCAAAGGAGACUUUGGAUUGUAUAGAGUGUGUCAGGUUUUAUUUCGUCUCAAUUUCCUGGUUGUGGUGUUAUGUAUAGUGAUGGAUCGACCUUACCAAUUUUACUACUUUGUUCCACUAGUCACUGUCUGGUUUAUGAUCAUCUAUGCUACAUUAGCUGUAUGGCCUCAGAUAGUCCAGAAGAAAGCAAAUGGGAACUGCUUCUGGCACUUUGGCUUACUGCUGAAACUAAUUUCCUUACUUAUGUGUAUAUAUUUUCUAGCAAAUUCUCAGGGUGUAUUUGAGAAGAUUUUUUCUCUUUGGCCAUUGUCCACAUGUUUUGAGCUGAAUGGAAAUGUCUAUGAAUGGUGGUUUAGGUGGAAGUUAGACCGCUAUGUAGUCUUUCAUGGGAUGAUGUUCGCUUUUAUUUAUCUGGCAUUACAAAAACGUCAAGUACUUUUGGAAGGGAAAGGAGAGCCUCUCUUCUCCAACAAAAUUUCAAAUGUUUUACUAUUUAUUUCUGUAGUUUGCUUUUUGACCUACUCUAUCUGGGCUAGUAGCUGUAAAAACAAAACUGAGUGCAAUGAACUGCAUCCUUCUGUUUCUGUGGUGCAGAUUUUAGCUUUCAUCCUCAUCAGGAACAUUCCUGGAUAUGCCCGUUCUGUAUACAGUUCAUUUUUUGCCUGGUUUGGCAGAAUUUCUUUAGAGCUAUUCAUCUGCCAAUACCACAUCUGGCUAGCAGCAGAUACAAAGGGGAUCUUGGUGCUCAUUCCUGGAAAUCCAAUGCUCAACAUAAUUGUCAGCACUUUUAUAUUUGUGUGUGUGGCACAUGAAAUUUCUCAGAUCACUAAUGAUCUAGCACAGAUGGUUGUUCCUAAAGAUAAUGCGACUCUGCUUAGAAGGCUGCUAUGUAUAGCUGGGUUUUUUUCUGGACUCCUCUUUUUGGCAGCAAUUCAAGAUCAAUCAAGGCAUUAACUUCAAGAAGUCCUUAAAACUUACUUCAGGCUUACUUUGUGUCUGCCUGACGAAAAAUAUUUAACUGGAGAUACAAAAAACGUGUACAGUGCUCAGCAGAAGCAGAAGGACAUCUAAAUGAAGUCUAUUGAAUGUGUAUAUAAUGGAAAUGUACAUAUUUUGUGUGGAAAUAUCCUUCUCAAAGGAAUCUGAGAGACAAGAAUGCACUGUACAGAAUUGCAUGUGAAAAACAAGUCUUUUUUUCUACUGGAUAUAUAUUUCUGUUUACAUAUCUGUUUAAAUGUAACAUGAAGAAGAGAAAUGGGUGGCUUGGCAGCAUAAUUUGGAGAUUACUGAAUUAACUUUACCUUGAUACACCUAACUUGCGGAUAUUUACUAGCAUACUACAGUAUACAAGAGACAUGCUUUAAUUGUUCUCCUCAAGAAACUUUUUGUAACAACAGAGCAGACCUGAUGUAUGAUCUUUAGCUACUGGUCAUUUUUUGCUAAUUUCAAAAUGAAGUUAUCUUACUGGUAAUCAGGGUCAUUUUUCUAAACUAAGUGUUAACUCAUUGUUUAGAGAUCAAUGUUUUGGGUGUAGUUAGUAUGUAGUAUAUGAAACCCUUUAUGCAUUGAACAAAAGCCCCUCAAUUUAAAGUGAUUCCAUGUAACAUUCUAGCCAGGUUUACACAGUACUUCAUAGGUGUUUUGUAUUUUUUUUUCCCCCCUGAAGACAGUUUUCAAGAAAUAUUUUUCAGUUCUGGAAAUGUGGGAUUUGUUAAGAAUGCAUAAGUAAUUUUAUUUUAAAUUUUCUACAAGUAUGUUUGUUUUUUCAUCAGCAUUUUUCAAUUAUUGCUCUUUCAAACUCUCUGUAGUUCACAAUAUUAAUACAGCCCCACUCAUAAAACAAUGAUAAGCAAUAUUUCAGCUGAAUAUUGAAAAGUUAGGGAAAUUCCCACCCUUUCCCAGUCAUACAUCUACUGUAUUCAGAUAUUACAGAGAAGGGCAUAGCAGGGGCACAACAACCUCAGAACCCCCAGAUCGUGUGUGACUUGAAGAUAUGGAAAGCAAGCCUGCGUGGGAAAAAUUGGUUGACUAGCAGUCUGGCCAGCUGUAGACAAUGGGUCCCUUUUUAAAAUAACAAUGAAAUAAGAUUGAGGUUCUUGUUCAGAAGAGCCAAUUCUUCCAUUCCUAUUUAGCAGUAUCUUUCCUUUGUUGCUGUGAUUCAAACUCCGAAUCAAAGGCUUUUUCUUUAUCAUGUAACCUUCUUUUGCAUACAGCAUAGAACUGAAAGAAAUACCACUUCAGAUUAGAACUGACAGGUUGUAAUUUUAAAUUCUGCAAAUUCAGUGAACUACGGUGAUACUUUGUUCUGUUGAACCAUAAUAGUCUUCACAGUUUUUUGUGAGUUUGGCUUACGUAAUGCUUGGAGGUUCAUGUGCAUCCUCGUUCUGUCCUCCUUUUGGUGGCUACUGUUUAGCAUUCAAAGAAUGAAUACGACAUUGUUUUCUCAGCAUAUGUGCAAUUAUAUGUAAUGAUAAACUAUAUGAAUCUUAAUUUAUACAGUAAGUGGUCUGAUAUUUAUGUAUUUUCUGAUGUUAUCUCAGUUGAACUGUGGAGUCCGAACUUGCAAAGCCACCUGUGUCUGUAGGAAAACUUUCCUGCAAAAUUUUGUUCCAAUAAAGAAAACAAUUUCUGUAAGAAUGAUGGAGCCAGUAAUGAGAGGAAGAUAGCAAGAUAAAAGAUAAUACAGGUUUCAAGAAUAAACUUAGUACAUUAAUUCAACAACCUUGGGUAUGUCAACUAGUUUUAUUAACAAGCUUGAGGAAAGAUAUUCGACAUUUUCUCAAAUAUGUUUUCUUUUGGACGUUAUUUCCAAUGUUUGGAAAGUCAUCCUUAGCCACUGAUCAGUACAUCUGAUUUAUUGAAAGACAUGGUAUAGCUGAGCACUGUAGAGAUAGUUGCUAUGGACAGGAUGUACAACCUACAUCUAUGCCAUUGUUAGAAGUAAGAAAGUGAGUUUGGGGGGGAAUUUUUUGGUUUUCUUCUUCACAAACUAAGUAUUGUAGAUAUCAUUGUUAUUUAUCUGUUGUACAGAUUUGGUUAAAGAUUAUUUUUAAUGUUUGAAAUAGUGCACUUGUUUGCUAUUACUGUACGUGGGAGAAAUAUAUUUUCUUUUAAGGUUAUGUGAAAAUAUGAAGUAAUUUAAACAUUAAAUAAAUGUGCUGUGGAUGCUUA